AUGGCCAAAUGGCCAAGAAAUCUUCUCGAAUGUCUUGACGACUCAGGUAAGCUAGAGGUCGAGGUCUUUGAAGUCGACUUCCACUCCCUGGCAGGCCUCUGGGACGACGUGGCGAUGCCUGUAGCCUCCAAGCCCGAAAUGGGCUUGGAGUGGGUCCCAGCCUACGUCGUUGUCUAUAGAAAGCUCUUGAACUGGUCCUCCUCCACCACAACGCUUCUUGUUCGCCGGGAGAAGGCUUAG